GGGCUCAGCCCGCAGCCGGCUGGCCCCUCCCGGGCUCUCCGAGCCGCCGCCGCGCCGCCGCCAUCUCAGGAAUGAUGCGCGCAGGAGGCGACGGCCACUCCCUGCACCUUGGGCGCCGCGGGCUUCACUGCGGACAGGGCCGUGCCGCCGCCCGCAGCCCCCCGCAUCCUCCUCCUUCUCCUCCUCCGCCGCCGCCGCGCCUCUUGGCUCUGCCCCCCGCCGGGCCCGCCGCCGCCGCCGCCGCCGCCGCCGCCGCCGCCGCCGCCGCGGAGCCCCCUCCCCUCCGCCGGAGCGCGCAGCGUGGCCGCCGCCGCCAGCCCCGCCGAGGCAGCCCGCGCCGCCCGGGCCGGGCUGGGCUGGGGGGCGCCGCCGCGGGCAGCCGCGGGGCCGGGAGGCGGCCGGGAGGGAGGCAGGGCCCAGGACGCAAGGUGGCGACAAGUCGCGUUUGGCCCCAGGGGCUGUGGGGUCACCUUUUCUUCCUCCCUCCUGCUACCCCAGUCGUCUGAGGUGUGUGUUACGCAGUGGGAGAGGACGUUGGCCUGGAUCUCAAGCUACGCACGUUCUGGCCCUGCCUCUGUCAUUUCCUAGAGCUGUGGCUUCGGAUGCCAUUUCCUUAUUUCCAAACCUGAGACAGCUCGCAGGACGUCAGUGGUCUGGCAUGGUGACAGUCCAAAACCUGGCCCUAGUGCUCCUGUCACCUCUGACACUGUCACACUUCUCUCCCACCCAACCUCUGUGUGCUCAGGGAUUCGUUAUAUGCCAAGAGGGAAAGAGUUCCAGUUGCUAGUGUCCAGGAGCUUAGAGGCCAGGAAUGAAAAUAGAUGGAAGCCUGGAAAAAUAAAAAAAAAACGUGCAAAAAUAAAGCAUUUAGACUAUGAAGCGUGUUUCAAUAGAUGCGUUAUUAAAUGUUCCAGAUAGGCCCUGGACCAUUUUUGUAUGUGACUGUCAAACAGGAAGCUGGUGUGGCCGCAAGCCACAGGUGUGUUUAAAAGUGAUUAAGUCGAGGGGCGCCUGGGUGGCUCGGCCGGUUAAGCGUCUGACUUCGGCUCAGGUCAUGAUCUCACGGUCCGUGAGUUCGAGCCCCGCGUCGGGCUCUGUACUGACAGCUCGGAGCCUGGAGCCUGUUUCGGAUUCUGUGUCUCCCUCUCUCUCUGCCCCUCCCCCGUUCAUGCUCUGUCUCUCUCUGUCUCAAAAAUAAAUUUAAAAAAACGUUGAAAAAAAUUAAAAAAAAUAAAAGUGAUUAAGUCGAAAUCAGCUUUAAUGGAGUGAACGAUUUAGGAGGGGUGCUCUUCAUCACAGAACUGAGCCUGUCAAGACUUUCCCUCUGACUGCUGAGCCGGAUGUCAGUAAAUUCAACAAGACUGGCUUUAUGAGACCUAUCCCUGGCUUUCAACUCUCCCUCUCUAAGGUUGUUCCCUUGGCUCAAAUGAAGUGGUCAUUCAUACAAGGUGGAAUAUUGUCAGUAUUCAUUUCUUUCACCAACCAUUUAUCAUGUGCUUGGACAUUGGGUGUGUGCAUACGUUAUGUGGAUAUAUUGUACCGUUUGCAAAAUUUCACAUCUUUUUCCACUCUAGCUUGUCAGUAUUAAUUCCUGUGUACUCUGUUGGGCUAGGUGCUGCCCUGGGUGCGGUACGUAAGUACCCACAAGGUUCUCACAAUGUUGCAGUAGGAUGUGUCAGCAAUAUUUUACAGAUGAGAAAGUUGAGGCCCAGAGAAGCACCUUGACUAAGGUUACCCAGCCAGUACAAAAUGGAAACAGGAUUUGAACUCAGGACUGUGUGUGACCCCAAGCACUGGUGUCCCUAGCCCUGUUGAACACCACUUCCUUGUGAACGUGAACAAUGAACGGGACACAAUUCUUCCACAUCUCAUAUCCCGAAAUAAGGAAGCUAGGUAGGACUUGAGAGGCAAUCUGGUCCUCCCACUUAAUUUCACAAACGAAGAAACCGAGCUCCUGUUUCAUGGGGAAAAAAAUGAAGCCAGGGACUCCCUGCUUCAGAAUUUGCAAAGAAGAGAUCCUUGCCUCAAAUCCAGAUUUAAGAGCUUGUGUCGGAUUGUCCUUCACAUUUAACGACAGCCUCAUCUUGAUCAUCUCUUUGGGUGACGACAAAAAAUGCAUCUGUGGGAAGAGGGAUUUUAUGUGUUUUUGAUGAUGCUAUCUGUAGUUCAUUAGCUUUUACUUCCCAAGGUGUUAGCAUUUCUUACGGCGACUUAAUUUAGAUGACACAGGCCAGCACAUCUCAAACUUCAAUAUAUAUACAAAUCCCAUAGGACUCAGCAGGUGUCUAAUGGGCCUGGAGAUGCUGUCAUUCUAACAAGCUCCCAAGCAACACCGCCAGUUAACUGACCACGCUUUGGCAAGGAUGCAGGCAGGAUUUGGGGAAACCUUUCCAGCAUCUUUUCUUUCUAAGAAGCAUCUCCAGGUGUCCAGGUCACUGGUAAGUGGUGCUGUGGCCUGCUAAGAGCUAGCCAGAUAACGGGCGAAGAUCUUUGCCUGGAGUAUUCGCAAGGGCUUCUGUCUCCAUGAAUUAUUCAUGAGCCUUACCUGUAGCAACCGUAUCUUUAAGGGUGGGGUUGAAUGGAGAAGGUGCGUUUGUAUUGCAGGGAAGUAAACUGAGGAUUGCAAGUUGCAGGAGGGUUGAGACUGCUUGGUGCAGAGUUGUAUUCAUGCCACCAAGCAGAGGAUGGGUCAGGUAGUACGUGAUCACUUGAGGCUCGUGGGAAAGAGCGAGGUUGCCAGCCAUCCAUGGUUCAAGUCCCAGCUCUGCCACUAGUCAACUCUGUGGCUUUGGCCAAGUCACCACCCUCAAACUUAGUUUGCUUUUCUGCAGAGUGGGUUUGCAACCACUGUUUACCUCAUGAUGUUUUAAUGAGGGUGAAAUGACAUAAUGCAUGCACAUAACAUGUGAUACAUGGCCUUUUCAAGUAUUGGGGGCUCAGUAAGUAUUUCUGGAAUAAGAGAGAGGAUAAAACGCCUUGGAGCAUUUCAGACUUAAAUUGAACUGGAAGGGUUCUGUCUUGUGAAAUUCUCAGGGACCUGCUUUAAUGAAUCGAUAAAGAUGAUUUGUAAGUAACACAUUAGCUUUUUGCAUGUAAAUGGUGCUUAGGUGUCUGUAAACCAUUUAGGUAGAACUGUUGGUCCAAACUUAUGGGGCUUCCUGCCUUCUCCUAACUCCCCAAAUGAAAAGAAAUUUUACAUAAAGAGUCUUAAGAUGCAUUUCCUGUUAUUCUGUUAUGCAUUUGAAGACACACAGGAGUAAUAUAAAGCUGGAUUUGCGAGUUUGCGGUGUAAGUAACAUUAAUAGUUCCCCUGACGUCUUUACACAAAUCACCUACUUGGCAGACCUCGAAGGACCCCCUCUCACUUCUGCCCUAAACCAUCACAGCUUCUCAGUUAGCCAACUCGGAGUGGAAACAGCCCUCAGGGUAGCUCUGGCCUUAAUCCCGGAGACACCGGCACCCGAUGGGCUUUCUUUUCUGAAGAAGGAAUACAGGAGUUUCUCAGCUGUGUGUGUAACUCUCACAGACUUGGGAUUCUUGCUGGCUGCCCCACAGAUUAGAAAACGUACUCAGUAUCUCUCAGUUCUAAUCGCAUGCUCAUCGGUUCCUGUUUUUCUGCCCCUGAUGGUGAUGAUGAUGAUGGUGAUGUUAGCCACAAUUGCAUACUAAAUGCCACAUGCUGGGUAAAUGCUUUAAAUAGAAUUCGGUCAUGUCAUCUAAGUGGCAAAGCAAUGGGUGAUAGAAACCAUCUUCUCAGAAACAGGAAGUGAGGGUCAGAGAGGGUCAGGCUUAUCACCCAGCUGGAAGGUGGAUGAGCUGGGACUUGAACUCAAGCCCAUUCAUUCUAAAGAUGAUCCUCUUAGCCCCUCUGCUUUCCUGCCCGUGUUUCUGGUGACGUAUCUUCUUCUCAUGUUCAGCCCCAGAAAAUGAUGACUGGUACAUGUGUUCUUACUGAAUUGUGUCCCUUACGUCACAUUUUUGGGUAUCGUUAUUGCCAGGGAUUCUGGUAGCAUCCAUCCCAGCCCUGCGUCUCCACAUCUGCCCCCUCCCUGCAGUGUGGCCAGAUGGAUGUUGGCAGGGGGAUGACAGUCCGGAGCAGGUGGUGGGUCCAAGAAGGGAGUAGGUAGUCUAAAAAGAGAUGAGAGAGGGAUUUGCCGUUAAGAGGCCAUGUGUGACCACCCAUGACGCCAGUGACUGGUUUUUACUGGGAGCCAUCCUUGUUUAAGAGGAAGAUCAUGGGCAUGAGAGCUAGACAGAUCAGGGAAAGAACCCAGAUUUGCUACUUAAAAAGACUCACUGAGCCUCAGUUUCCUAAUUAAUAAAGUGGGGAUGAUGACACCAACCUGACCGCGUUGCUAAAGGAUUGGAGACAAUAGAAGCCAGAUCCUCUCAUAUGACACGUGCUCAAUAAAAGGAGGCCAUUAUUACAUUAAUAUCAUUAAAUCAGAGGGAACACUCUUGAUGAACACUUCAAACUCCUUAAUCUGAUCCAUCCAGAGAGCAUUUAUUGUUCCACUCCUGUGUCCUCAGCUGCAGCUGUAUACCUCGAAAAGGGGGUAUAGAAUUCAGAGGAUGUGAAAAUAGGUUCUGAGUCCCUGGUUCUGUGAUUUCCCACCCCUCUGGCUGUGUGUCCUUCUAGGAAGGGUCAUCGUCGACAAGUAUAUUCCUCUCAUGGCUUUCUCUCCCACCUCAUCCCUCCUUGGCAAAGAAAAGAGAUCAUAAUUUCUUUGGCUUCAGGAAUCUGGGGAGUUCAGAAAGCGGGGGUGCCAGUUCGAGAACGUAAACUUCAUGAGGACAGGUCUUUGUGUCGAGUGAUCACAACUGUGUCCCCAUCAGCUAAAAGAGAUGUGCAGUGAAUCUUUGUUAACUAAAUAAAUUAUAAAUCCUCUGAGACUCUGUUACAUGUUUCUGACAGGGGUUCUCAGCAUGGACUCUGUUGACAUUUGGACUAGAUAAUCCAUUGUUGGGGGUGAGGUGGAUGUCCUUUGCCCUCUGGGAGGCUCCACAAUUGCCCUGACUUCUACCUACUAGAUGCCAGUAGCAUCCCCCUCAAUUGUGACAGUUGGACAUGUCUCCAAAUAUUGCCACGUGUCCCCUGGGGGGAGGGGGGCACGCAACAUCACGCCCAGAUGAGUACCUUCUUUGGUCUGCAGAGUGAGGGUUUGCUGAGGGUUCUGUUGAGAGGUUUGGGUUUGUAACAUGAAUGAAAUACAAAGGUUUGUUAAAGAUACGAGAAUAUACUGUGUAUGUGAGAUAAGUAAUAGUGUGUCUUUGAUUUACCUCCGGGGCAAACAUUUAUCUUCCAGCCGGCACAAGUCUUUUUCAGAGUCACGGGGAGGAGGGGUGCAGGGCGGUCAGCUGCCAGGCCUGCAGCUCUGCCCUGAGCCACCCGCAUUGCUACUUUAAGAAACAGUAACAGUAGACGAUGCAGCUUCUGGUUCAACUUUGAACCGGCAAGUCAAGUACAGGCUGACCUGUUUACAAGGCAGUUUAUUUUAAAAUCUCAGCUUGCUUAUUACCCUUUUAAAAUUGAUUCUGUGGAUAUGACACGGUUUUGCUUGUUAAAGAUGUCCCAGGUCAGGCGUGAGGAUUAGGCAUAGUGGUGUUUUUCAGUGACCGUCGCGAUCAGAUUUGGCUCACAGAAGAAUACCUUUCCUACACUGGCCAAGCCAACCACUUUGUACCGUCAGGAAUUCCGACAACACUUGUUUCGUUACUUUGAAACCUGGAUAUUCAGAAGACACUCCGGCAGCAAGAGGAAACCUUGAAGAUCACAGAAUCCAACCUUCUCCAUUAAGAAAUUAGGAAACCGAAUUUCCAUAGAAGCUGAUAUUUUUCCUUAAAAUGCCAGUACAUCAGCAUCACGAAAUGUUAAUCAGAAGACACCUAUCACUGAGGGUGAUCCUGUUGGUUUGUGUGAGAACUUUCUCUGCUCUACUGGAAAGACUCUUCCCACAAAGCUGGGUGGCAGGGAUUCAGUGCUGUGAUGGAGGUGGAAUGGUUAGGACCGGCAGGAGUGCAGUGCAGGGGAAUGGUGGGCGCACGGGCAGGAGUGCAGUGUGAGCGGAAGCGUGGGGGCACGGGCGGGAGUGCAGUGCAGAGGGAAGGGUUGGAACACUGGCUGGAGUGCAGUGCAAGUGGAAUGGUUGGUGCACCUGCAGGAGUGCAGUGCAGGGGGAAUGUUUGGAACACUAGGAGGAGUGCAGUGCAGGGGAAAUGGGGAAUUGUUACCACAUUGGCAGGAAUGCAGUGCAGGGGGAAGGAUUGGCGCACCAGAGGUAUUGCAGUGCAGGGUGAGGGUGGGUGCCCUGGUGGGACUGCAGUGAAAGGGGAAGGGUUGGCGCACGGGCGAGAGUGCAGUACAGGCGGAAGUGUGGAUGCAUGGGUGGGAGUGCAGUGAGGGCAGAAGUGCUUUG